AUGCCAGAAUACCCACAACCAACCGAGCAACGAGCUUUGGAACUCCAAUCAAACUACAAUACCAUACUCUCCAAAGUCCACCAGCUAAACCCGCAAACGCAGCUAGUGGCAGUAUCGAAAUUCAAGCCCUCAUCGGAUAUCAUGGCUCUAUAUAACAUCGGAGUGCGCCAUUUCGGCGAGAACUACGUGCAGGAACUCGUGGCCAAGUCCCAGGAAUUGCCCCAGGACAUACGCUGGCACUUUAUCGGGGGGUUGCAAUCGGGCAAAGCCAAGGACUUGAGCAACAAAGUGGCCAACUUGCACGCGGUUGAAACCAUCGACAGCUUGAAGAAAUGCAAGCAGUUGAAUGACGCGAGGGUGAGGAAAAAUGGCGAGGUUGUCAAUGUGUUUUUACAGGUCAACACCUCGGGCGAAGAGCAGAAAUCGGGGUUUGCUGAUGAAAAAGAUAUGGAGGAGACGAUCGCGUAUCUUCUUGAAGAUCCCAGCUGCACAAAGUUGAAGCUCAUGGGGUUAAUGACGAUUGGGUCCCUUGCUGAGUCGACGGGUGCUGGUGCCGAUGGAGAAGAUGAGAACCGAGAUUUCAAGAAAUUGCUCGAAAUGAAAAAGACGUUGGAUGAGGUUUACAAAUUGGAUCUUCAAUUGAGCAUGGGUAUGAGCAACGACUUUGAGCAAGCAAUCAAACAAGGCAGUACCAGCGUCAGAGUUGGUUCUUCCAUCUUUGGAUCGAGGCCUACAAAGAGCACAUAG